AUGCGUAAACCAUCCGUCAGUCAGAUCGUGUAUAACGCCACGUUUCCACGACCUCGCACAAAUGACCCAGGAUCGUUUGGUGCUCACAUUACCCGGAACCUCGUCCCCGAAGUCCGUGUCGAAACAUCCCUUUUCUACGGCUCGCUAGACUGCAUCGAAGCGCAAUACCCGGGUCUGGACUACUCAUAUGAACCGCAUCGCAUGCGACUGGGUCGAUUCCCAUGGCACCGAAAACUUUUUCAAACCUUCGACGAACUCGGUCUGACAGAGGCUGAGAUCUCCAAUCUCUGCCGGUGGGAAGGGACCAAGUCCGCGCGUCAGCGAUACGAGGCAGAAGAAGGGGUUAUCGUGCGGGACACCACGGCCCACUCAGUCCGACCGGCAUCACCCCAACCCGGCCCGUCAAUCGAGGUCCACUUCAACGACAGUGACUUCCGCGCGAUAGAAGAGGAAGAUGACCAGAUCAUCGAGACUCAGAGCAACGAUACGGUCCGUGCGGUGGAUUACCGUGCCUCUAGUUACCAAUCCACCGAGGAGUACGAAAUCGAAGAGGAACUUAGCGACGAGGAAAUAGAAAGUUGUGGGCUAGCCCUCAACACCCGCAUCCAUGCUGCGCUGGCCGCUCGCGACCAAGGUACUGACGUGCCGCUAGACGAAGACUGGGAACAAUGGCUGAAGGAGGCUGGAGAACGCGGCGGUUUCGAGGUGGUGCAGGCCAUUCGUGCGAACCAGCCUUUGACUCGUGUCGCCGACAAUGUCCAAUUCCCACUCAGUCACGGUGCGGCCCUGGUGACAGGCCCAGACAGCAUUAUUGCAACUAACACUGCUCUUCCGUCCUCAUCCAACCAUGCCUCCGGCACGACUCAAUGA